UUCCUCUUUAGCCAAUAAUACUCAAUAUUCAGAGACAGUGAAAGAAUUCAAAAGAAAGAAAGAAAGAAACCAUGUUUUGAGGAAGGAGACAUGCAUCAUCUCAACCUCACAUGAUUUAUAUUUUUGACCACCUUGUACUCUGCUUUGAGAGGGAAACAACCCCAUUUUUGGGUGAUUGGUAGACAAUGCUUGAGCUCCAUAGCAAAGAUUCAUUGUCUCGUCCUACAACUUCUUGGGGAAACUCCAUGUUCACUAACUCAAACGUCCAAGGAUCAGUAUCAUCAUCCAUGACCGACAACAACAACAACAACACUUUAAACUUGACGAUGGAGAUGAUGUCUACCUAUUUUCCAGGGAUGAAACAAACUGGUUUACCAUUGCAGAACCAUGAUGAUUCUUCCUCUACACUAUCCACUGGAGGAGGAGAAUCAUCUGGUGACGUUGCAGGUUUUGGGGGACAUACUAGUAAUCGUUAUGGCCACAACAUUGUUACCCAUCUCUCAGGUUAUCCUAGUGGAAGUCAUCCAAAAUCAAUCGUGUCGAAGGUUUCUCAAAACUCAGUGGUUCCUCCAACUAUAGAGGCUUCUUGGUCUCUACAUGGCAAUGGCUUCAUGUCUUUUCCAUAUGCAUCACAACACACGGUUCUGCAGCAUCCACAAGCUAGAUUGCUUCUGCCUCACAACAUUCCAGAGAACGAACCAGUUUUCGUCAAUGCCAAACAAUACCAAGCCAUUCUCCGUCGCAGGGAGCGCCGUGCAAAGCUUGAAGCUCAGAACAAGCUCAUCAAAGUCCGUAAACCAUACCUUCACGAGUCUCGCCACCUUCAUGCGUUAAAGAGAGCUAGAGGCUCUGGUGGACGUUUCCUCAACAAAAACAAGAUCCAAGAAUCGAAAUCUCCAACACUCUUGUCCCCACCACAUUUAUUCAAGAACCCUAAGGGAAAGUUCAAGCAAAGGGACAUGUCGAGCGUUGGGGGCGGGUCUAGUGGCUCGAACAACGACGACAACAUGUUCCAACAAAACCCACAAUUAAGGUUCUCAGGUUAUCCAUCAAACCACCAUGUCUCAGUUCUCAUGUGACAAUAGUUGUGUUGAUGAGAGACCAUGACGGGAAGUCAUCCUUGGCUAUUACUGAUCUCCAUAAAAGUGUGUUAUAUCUUUUAAGUUUGCUUUUUUUUUUGCAAUCUCUACUGCAAAACAAAGUUGAAAAUCUUUCAACCAGUGUGUAUGUUCUGUUCUUUUCUUUUCUUUUAUGGGAUUUUUUGUUUGUGUGUUGUUUGGAUUGUUUUUUUUUCUUUUGUAAAAAUGUUGUUUGGAUUGUUGAUACUUGGUUUGAACUUAAUAGUUCUGAACCUACAUGGAUUGUGAUUAAUGUAAUGUAUAAAAUCUGUAUAAAAC